GAGAGGCACACAACCAAGAAAUUAUCUUUAUCACCCCAUGGCCUCUUCUGCUCUCCAUCUCCCACUCUCCCCACCUUCAAGAGCCAUUGCCGCCACCACCAACAAUAACCCUUUUGAUCCCCUUUCGUAUUCUUCACAAGCCAUCAUCUCCUCUCCACCCCCUAAUCCAACUCUCAGAACUCCCUCCAUCCGUUCCCGCCUCAGCCAAAUAUGCCAACAAGGCCAACCCCAUCUCGCCCGCCAAAUUUUCGACUCAAUUGCCGAACCAAAAACAGUUCUUUGGAACACCAUCAUCAUUGGUUUUAUUUGCAACAACAUGCCCCAAGAAGCCCUUUUUCUCUAUUCCCACAUGAAGAAUUCCUCCCCUCACACCAAAUGUGACUCUUAUACUUACUCCUCUGUCCUCAAAGCUUGCACUCUAUUGCACAAUUUACGCAUAGGUAAAGCUGUUCAUUGCCAUUUUAUUCGGGGUUUAACAAACCCCAGUAGGAUUGUGUAUAAUGCUUUGUUGAAUUUUUAUGCUACUUGUUUGAGUUCUUCGGAUAAUAAGGAAAUGGGUGGUUAUAUUAAGGGCUUUGACUAUUCGAAACAUGAUUUGGUAUGUGCAAUAUUUAAUAUGAUGCGUAAGCGAGAUGUUGUUGCUUGGAAUACUAUGAUUUUGUGGUAUACAAAAACGGAGAGAUUUUUGGAAGCAGUUAUACUGUUUAAGAAAAUGAUGAAAAUGGGGAUAAGACUUAGUGCAGUUAGUUUUGUUAAUGUUUUCCCCGCUUUUUCCGGUUUAGAGGACUAUAAUAAUGCUGAAGUUCUUUACGGUAUGCUUCUCAAGUUGGGAAGUGAGUGUGUUGAUGACUUGUAUGUUGCUAGUUCUGCGAUUUUCAUGUUUGCAGAGCUUGGUUGCCUUGAUUUUGCUAGGAAGAUCUUUGACAAUUGCUCACAGAGAAAUAUCGAGAUUUGGAACACUAUGAUUGGAGGGUAUCUUCAAAAUAAUUGUCCAGUUGAAGGAAUUAAGCUUUUUCUUCAAGCUAUGGAGUCAGAAACUGUUUUCGAUGAUGUCACUUUUCUCUCAGCUUUAAGUGCAGUUUCACAGUUGCAAUGGUUGGACUUGGCACAGCAGCUACAUGCCUAUAUAAUUAAGAAUUUAAGCAAAUUGCCAGUUAUUGUAGCCAAUGCAAUACUUGUCAUGUAUUCCAGGUGCAACUCAAUCCACACAUCAUUCGAAGUUUUUGAUAAGAUGCCUGAAAGAGAUGUCAUCUCUUGGAAUACUAUGGUUUCUGCUUUUGUACAGAAUGGGUUUAAUGAUGAAGGGUUGUUACUUGUAUAUGAGAUGCAGAAGCAAGGUUUUUUGGUUGAUUCUGUGACUGUAACUGCUCUGCUUUCAGCAGCAUCAAAUCUUAGAAACUGGAACAUUGGAAAACAGACCCAUGCUUAUCUUCUUAGGCAUGGCAUUCAGUUUGAGGGGAUGGAUAGUUAUAUUAUAGACAUGUAUGCUAAGUCUGGUUUGAUUAGGAAUUCACAACUACAUUUUGAAAACAGCAAUUCCUGCAAUAGGGAUCAAGCCACGUGGAAUGCUAUGAUUGCUGGUCUUGCACAGAAUGGGCUGGUUGAAGAGGCUAUUGUUGUCUUUAAACAAUUGCUCCAGCAAAAUGUGAUGCCUAACGCUGUUACAUUGGCAUCAGUUCUCCCAGCUUGUAGUCUAAUGGGAAAUGCAGAUUUAGGUAAGCAACUUCAUGGAUUUUCUGUUCGUAAUUUGUUGGACCAAAAUGUCUUUGUGGGCUCUGCUUUAGUUGACAUGUAUUCCAAAUCUGGUGCCAUCAAGCUAGCUGAAAACAUGUUUUUUGAUAUCCAUGAGAAAAAUGCUGUCACGUACACUACAAUGAUAUUGGGUUAUGGUCAACAUGGAAUGGGUGAGAGGGCUCUCUCGUUGUUUCGCUCAAUGCAGGCAUCUAACAUUCAGCCUGAUGCCAUUACCUUUGUCGCAGUCUUAUCAGCUUGUGGUUACGCUGGAUUGGUUGAUGAGGGCCUUCAAAUAUUUAGGUCAAUGGAGAAAGAGUUUAAGAUCCAUCCCUCAACUGAGCAUUACUGUUGUGUCACUGACAUGCUAGGGAAGGUUGGAAGGGUGGUUGAAGCCUAUGAGUUUGUUGAACAAUUAGGUGAAGAAGGUAAUUCUGUGGAGAUUUGGGGAUCACUUCUUGCAUCUUGCAAACUUCACCAAAAAUUUGACUUGGGUGAAGUUGUGGCCAAGAAGUUGCUUCAAAUGGAUAUAAGAAAUAGCAUGACAGGCUAUCAUGUUUUGCUCUCAAAUUUAUAUGCAGAGGAAGGAAACUGGGACAAUGUUGACAGAGUGAGGAGAGAAAUGAAGGAAAAGGGUAUUAGAAAGGAUGUUGGAUGUAGUUGGAUUGACGUUGCAGGUUGUGUGAACUACUUUGCUUCUAAGGACCAAGAGCACCCCCAAUCUGAUGAGAUAUAUAAAUUGUUAGGACUGUUCAAGAAGAUGAAAGAUGCUGAUUAUUAAUAAAUACUUAGAAGAAUUCCUGUCUCCUUGGGAUUUCUGAAUUUGAUGAGUGAAGAGGAACAUAACUUGUGGAUUAUGAUGGCACCUUAGGACUACAAAGGGGAGAUAAACAUCUUUUGGCUCUAGAUACAGGCAAGUGGAUCGGCUGGUGUAUGUCUACUUUAUUUGGGUUUGUUUUAAGGAUAUGUUACGUAUUUUGGGACUGUUUCUCCAAUUUGAAAUUUUGGAGCUUUAUUGAUAAAUGGGACUGGCUAAAAUUUCUGGAGCAAAUUAGUGCUUAUUUGAGCAGGUUGUCAGUCUCUGGUGGCAGAAUCCCUUGACAUGGUGUUUUGUGUUUUACUCUAGCCUUGAAGACUGGGCUGGUUAGAUUUCAAGCUGGUCAAAUAAUGAAAUUGGGCUCAUCUUUGUUGUUCAAUUUUGUAACAAGCAUCUCUCUCCUUAAGACACCUUAGGAGAGCUCAAGGGAUGAGGCAAGAAAAUUGUUAACAAGGUAGCAAGUUCUAAGCUUUAAUUCCAAGAUUUAACUGAGAACAUCAGCUGCCCUUUCUUUGUUUUCUAUUGAAAUAGAAGAGGGAAAAGCUUCCAAUAAAGAGAUGUGUUGAGAUGGUUAUGCUGAUCCAAGAGUAAUAAACAGUUUGCCAUAAUAAUAGAAAGUGCAAACUUGAAGACGGCAUGGAAAUCUCCAAUCUCCCAUUUAGACAAUGCACAGUCGCGAAGACUCUUUUUGGAAGCUUUGCCUGCCAUGGGAACCAUUUUUGUUUAGAGCCUUCAGCAAUUAUAAUCUGUGCCAGUUUUGGGAAUGUGUCAUUGAGUGGGUAUGUGUAACUUCUCUUUGUAGUGAGCUAAGAAUCCAAAAGUAAUCUAUUUUUUGGAGCAAUGUUGAUGGUGAGUUUCAAACGUGCAACAUCUGGCAUAUGUUGCCCUAAGUUGCACUUGGAAAGUGAAGUGAUAGACUGGCUAGCAUGUUGUAGAUAUUUCAUAGCGAAGCUCAAUUUCCCUCAACGUGUUCUUUAAUUCUAUUUCAGGAUGCCUUUUCCUCAACUGAAUAAAAUUCUUGCAAUGCUCUUGGGCUCAGAAUA